AUGGCUGAAAUCACUUGUGGGGCCCUCUCGGGUAUGAUAGGAAAGCUUGUAGAGUUUCCCUUUGAUACUAUCAAGGUCAGGUUGCAAGCAGCACACCAUUCCACUCCCAUAAGUACGCUUCAGAUGAUCCGCUACACCUACCAUAAUGAGGGUAUGGUUAACGGCUUCUACAAGGGUUUGAAGGCCCCUUUAAUGGGUGCCUGUGCUGAAACGGCUGUACUAUUCUCUUCCUACAACUAUGCCUCCAGCUUGUUCAUGAACAAAUUGAACUACAGCGAGCAGAAUUUACCAUUCUGGACCAAAUGUGUUUCAGGAGGAUUUGCUGGUGUCAUUGCCUCAUUCGUUUUGACUCCUGUCGAACUCAUUAAAUGUCAGCUUCAAGUAGCCAAUCUCUCUUCUUCUGCUGAACACAAGUCUGUAUCAUAUGUCUCAUUGAUCAAGCGAAUUUUGACUCAAGAAAAAGGAGUCUUUGGUCUCUGGAACGGACUUUCGAGCACCCUAGUAAGGGAAGCUGUAGGUACAUCUAUUUGGUUCGGAACAUAUGAAUAUGUUAGUCAUCAGUUCAAAACUCAUAAGCCAACCAGCAUCAACGAAGACGUUCAGUUGUUGAUCAGCGGAGCUAUGGCCGGUAUCACAUUCAACUUCUCAGUCUUCCCUGUAGAUACAAUUAAGUCUAACAUCCAGACAUACGAUAUAUUGAACCCCAACAAGAAGCACAUAGGGUUCCUUGAAUUUACCAAAAUGCUCCUUGCACGCCCAGGAGGAAUCACAAAUUUAUACAAUGGAUUGGCCAUCACUUUAAUAAGAUGUGUUCCAGCCAAUGCAUUAAUCUUCUAUUCAUACGAGUUACUUAAGAGAAACUUUUAA